UCGGAAUAGAAAAACAUCAAUGUCAAAACCUUGUUAUAUUCCUUCUACGCCCCAUGAGGUUGAAAGUGGCGCAGGGGCGGGCUCAUCACAGAGCAGUCAUGGGGUGGGCGGCCAGGUGGGCGAGGCAAAUGACGGUGACAGUAUUCCACACACGAGAAAUGGCAUCCUGAAUACUGGAUCGUCUGCUGUGGGAAUUGAUGUUAUGGCCACACAACCUUCCUCCUCUGGACUCGUUAGGGACGUCAUCGGAAUAUUUGUCGUUGCAUUCGAUACGAAGGAAGGAAAUCUACUAGAAUGGUGUAUCCCCCAGGAGUUGCCUCUAGAAGGUGUAGAGUUCCGUGCUCUCAUCAGUGGUGCACAUACUAUCACAUCCGACUUCAUAUAUUUUCGGCAAGGAGACUAUUUUGGUGCAGCUUGUUACGAGAAGCUGACAGUCCACUCAGAGAUUGAGCGAGGGGCACGCAUGAAAAGUGUUGGUGUAAUUGUGGCCAACUAUGACACCCUCCACCACCACCUAGAAUACCUAGCACAGCAAGUAAG